AUGACCCCUGGACUGGAUCUUGCGCCAAAGAGAACCCGAGAAAGUAUGUCCAAAGUUCGAACUGGAUGCAGCAUUUGCAAAGCUCGUCGAGUGAAAUGCGAUGAAGUGAAACCUAUCUGUCGACGUUGCGCCAUUGGAGGUCGAAAAUGCGAGUACAACAACGCACGUGCAGCACCACGACGUCGAAACGUAAUCACGGUAUAUCUGCCUCCUACGCAAAGUCAACCGGUGUUCUUCGUAAAUGACCGCGGCCUCGACUUCUUCCACCAGAAUCUUGCUGCGAAGUUGGACGGACAAUUUGAUUCAAAGUUCUGGAGCAAGCUUGUAUUGCAACUAUCACACUCCGAACCAUCAAUUCGACAUUCCGUAUCAGCCAUCAGCGUCAUUUAUCAAGACGUCGAAUCAUCUUUACGGCAUCCGGCAAGCUAUGUCAAUGCCAAUCCCGAGGCUCAACAGGAGUGGAACAGGGCAGUGAAGAGCCUGUCAGCUCGAAUUCAAGCGCAUCCCAACUCGAACUUGGUACCUUUGGUCUGCUGCCUUCUGUUCACGUGUAUCGAGUUCCUCAGGGGCAAUGUUGAAUCUUCUAUGCUUCACGUUCAGAGUGGAUUCAAUAUUCUAGCCGCGCUCCGUCGCAAUAGCUAUUGCGACGCAGCCACGGAUAUAGGGUUCAAUCUCUCGUCCAACGAUCAUAAAGCCAUCGAAGAUCACGUUGUUCCAAUGUUCUCACGUCUGGCUAAAGAAGACUCUCCCCAGGAAGACCUUACUGAUUCUAGACGACGGCUCGUUGAAAUCUCAGUUACCUGCCUCCGAUUUAUUCGCGAAGCCAGUCUUAAGGCAGCUAUGUUCCAAAUUGACGUCGACGAUUUCGUUGAACAGAUUAAGCUUCAAACAAGGCUGGACGCAUGGUGCGACCAGCUAGACGGACUUCUUGGACGAAUGCAGGCUGCCGGUAACCCGGCGAAACAGGACACGCUCAAUCUACUUUUGGUACAAUACAAGGUCAUUUACAUCUGGAUACGAGUCUGCACCACAGCUGAGGAAACGGCCACAGACUCUUACCACACCGACUUUGAAGAGCUUGUGCAUUACGCGGAACAGAUCGCUAAUUCAGGCGUGGGAAUGCCAACACGGCAACCGCUGUCUUUCGACAUACAAAUCCUGGCGCCUCUGUACUAUACCGCGCUGAAAUGCCGCCAUCCCGCACUACGAAGACGCGCGCUAGAAAUUCUGCAAUUGGCGCCUCGGCGAGAAGCGCUCUGGAAUGCACAUCAUGCAUACGUAACUGCCAAACGAGUGAUCGAGCUGGAAGAAAGGCAUCUCAACGGGCAAGAACUGCCAGACGAGACUUCGAGACUGCAUGGUCUCCCCCUGCCCGAUGAUGAGUCUCGGAUUCACAACCUGGACGAGAUGCCUUUUGACUUUCGGAAGCUUGACCACAGCAUCGUGCCCAGCCCGACUUAUCCAGGCACGCUUGAAGCUGUGUUCCAGACGAAGCCGUGGGGGCUAUUGGGAGAGUGGCGGACAAUCACGGAGUAUAUCAAGCUAUGA